GUCAGUCAAGGAGGAAGACUCUUCCGUUGCUUCGAGCACGGCACCAGGCUCUGUGGGAAAGGAAGCCCGAGCCUUGCUGAGGUGAGCGGGAGCGGUUUGGUGGGAGUAGGGCCCACCCUGGCGAGAAGGACGAGGGAAUUCGGCCUGGACGAACAUGAACGAUUGGAUGCCCAUCGCCAAGGAGUAUGACCCACUUAAAGCUGGCAGCAUUGAUGGCACCGACGAGGACCCACAUGAUCGAGCUGUCUGGAGGGCGAUGCUGGCACGAUAUGCCCCCAACAAAGGCGUCACAGGAGACCCCCUCCUCACCCUGUUCGUGGCGAGACUAAACCUGCAGACCAAAGAGGAGAAGUUAAAGGAAGUAUUUUCCCGCUAUGGGGACAUCCGGCGGCUUCGGCUGGUGAGGGACUUGGUCACGGGCUUUUCGAAGGGCUAUGCCUUCAUCGAAUACAAAGAGGAGCGUUCUCUGCUCAAAGCUUACCGGGACGCCGAUGGCCUGGUUAUUGACCAACACGAGAUAUUUGUGGACUAUGAACUGGAAAGGACUCUCAAAGGGUGGAUUCCUCGGCGACUUGGAGGAGGCCUGGGGGGGAAAAAGGAAUCUGGGCAGCUGAGAUUUGGGGGGCGGGAUCGGCCUUUCCGAAAACCCAUUAAUCUGCCAGUUGUUAAAAACGACCAGUUUCGAGAGGGAAAGAGGGAGAGAAGGGAGCGAUCUCGAUCCCGAGAAAGACACUGGGACUCCAGGAUGAGGGAUCGGGACCAUGACCGGGGCCGGGAGAAGAGGUGGCAGGAAAAAGAAUCAACUCGGGUGUGGCCAGAAGGUGACUGGGACAGAGAGAGGGACUUCAGAGACGACAGGGUCAAGGGGAGGGAGAAGAGGGACAGAAGUAAGUAGACUCCAUCCCCUGCCAAACCCAAACGAAGGUACCCGACCAGUUAAAGUGCGGGGAGACCUGCACUGCUUGUAUACGGAAUCCAAGUCCAGUGGUUGAAUAAAACCUACUGAUGAAAACAAAAACAAAACAGAAAAAACUUACUAAUGAUAAUGGGGUUGGGUAUGUUUUCUUUCGACUCUGGAAUGCAGGUUCAAGAUGAACACGCUGAUAGUUUGAAUUUUCUCUUCUGCAUCUUAUAGUUUUUGUUUUUUGGGGCUCAUGGGCGGUUUGCGGGAUCUUAGUUCCCUGACCAGGGAUUGAACCCGCGCCCUCAGCAGUGAAAGUGCAGAGUCCUAACCAUUGGACCACCAGGGAAUUCCCUUUAUCUUGUAGUUGUAAGGACCCAUUAUUUGAUAAGCUUGAGAAACAAUUUUGCAGUCACCAGCAUCUGUACAGAAAGGCCUGUGUAAGGAGCCAUCACUCAUUUAAUUUGGCAGUACGGAAUUUGCUUUUUCUCCCAUCUAUUGGAAAUGACCAUUUUGAGGGCUUGGCAAAAAGAGGUGUGACUGAAAACCAUUUGCACUGAUCUGUGACUCCUGGGAACCCAAAUCUGGUCAGCAUCUAAGUUGUGUGUUUUCCACCUUUAUGUCCAUAGUGCAGGCUUUGCUGCAGUGAAAUAAAAAUGAGAUAGAAAAAUGAAUCCAAGGAGAAUGUCCAGAGACUUAGUACCAAAAGCCAGUCUUAGCAGUGAUCUGGGUCAGCAACCAGCUUCUCUUGAACAAAUAUAACUCCAUUCUCGAGCCAAAUGCUGACUACCUUUUUUCCUUUUCUCUUUUUGGCGGGGUGGCUGGCAUUUAAAAUGAAAACCCAGAGUUGCAGGGCUUUGGGGCUAUGGUCUAUGGCAAUCCUCCAGCCCUUGGAAAAGAGAAAGUUCAAAAGAAGUGAGAGUGAAAUGAAAAUGAAAUCAAUGAAAGGGUAGCAGCUAGUUCCGAUGGGCUGAUUUGCCUUUUCCCUCUUGAUCAUCUGGCCUCUGGUUUGUUUGAAACUGGAUAUAUUGACCUGAACUUCUGAGAGCUUUGAAUAAGUACCAUACUGUUCAUGUGAUUUUUCAAGAAAGUGACAUUCAACAUUUUUCUUUUAUCCAUGGCUGUGUCUUUGAAAGUUCAGGUUCUUAAAAUUCAGGAUGUCUCAUGUAAAGUAAAUGUCUGAUUUAGUAGCAAGACUCACA